GCACCAUUGUUGUAUUGCUUGUUUACAUUAUGACGUACAUUUUACAAACGCGAAUGCGAAUUUAAAUUGACUGUCAUUAAAUUGAAAGAGUUUGGUUCCCGUCAAAUGAAAAGACCAUUCUGAUGGGGUGUAGAACAAGUACAGUGGCGAUAAAAAUACUCUUCAUCGGACCAACUGGUGCAGGAAAAGAUUUCUUGGUUCAAGCAUUGCAAGUGGGAGUUGACAAAGUCGUUUCUAGACAACCAACGGAGGCUUUCACUGUCGAGUAUGUCAAAUCCCCUAGGACUAAUCUAAAGUUCGUUGUCUAUAACCUGUCUGGAAACCCGUACUAUCGUCGAAUCUUCAAAGAAGUCUAUCCAGGAAUUCAGGGGGUCGUCCUCGUGGUCAACUGUGCCGACCACAGUCAUAUAGAUGACGCCAGAGAUGUAUUGGAGGAGUUGGACAGACCUCCAGAGUUGCGCGGACUUCCGGUCUUAGUAGUAGCAAACAAGGUGGAACUUGAGGGUGCGCUAUCUGUGGAUGAACUAAAAACGACCCUCGACCUGGAUUUGGAGCUGGCCCAUAGGAAAUGGUGGAUCUGUGAAUUGAGAACUAAUAAUCAGCAUGAUGUAGACAAAAUUAUGAAAAGAAUUGAUCGUUUUGUGGUAAAAGAGAAGAAAAAAUCAAAGAAGUAAAUCUAGAAAUAAAAAUGAUAGUUUGUCGCAUUA